UUUACCUUCCUCUUCAAAAAGAUCAUUAAGGCUACCGCUCAAGAAGCAUCCUCAACGUCCUCCUUGCUUGGUCGGUCCUUUUUCUACUUGAAAAAGAAGCCAAGGAAGAUGGCCCCAGGGAUGCGAGCGCGGCUGCUCUAACAAAAACUGCGUCGGAGGGUCCUGCUUCUUCAUCUGCCAGUCACUGUCGUGCUGAGGGUCCUUCAUCGCCUCAAGCGCCAAGUGGAGAAUCGAGGCCCUUUAUGAUUCAAGAAGGAAAAGUCUAUGUAUCUAUAGGUACUAUAUUUUUUAUGAAGCAGGGGGGGCCCAGGGGCUCCUAUUAAAUGAUAAUAGGAAGAAGAAUGCUGAUGCUAUUCCUCGCCUACUAGAGUGACCUCCUCCUUACACAUACUACUAAUUCUUUACAACAGGUGCUGCAGCUUCCAAUUCCUUCUCCUUCUACAACCACGCUCGUCCCCUUUCAUUUUUGCAUCCACCACCCCCACCGCGACAGCAAGAAGUGCAACAAGCAGUGAUGUGCAGUAUCAUGUAACAUCUUCAACGGACGCCGCUACACCUGCUUGUCGUCGUUUAAAUCGGCUGAUGAGACUUUCUUUUGAAAUGCGC